ACUUUACGCUAUUUAUCUUGUCUUCAUUGAUUGAUCUUUCUUACUUAUAACUCAAAACUCCAAGAAAGUCCCCACCAUUAUUUCUUCAAAUUUCUAAGUUUUCUUUUCUUCUUCUUCAACAACUACCAAUUAUGUCUUCUUUGUUGACUUCUCAAGGUGUAGUAUUUGCCACAGCCAUGGCUGUCUCUGCAGGCACUAUGAUCCUUUUAGCCACUUUUCGUCUACAAAAAUCUCAAGAAUUAUCCUUCAAUUCAAUUUCAAAUAUCCCUCCUCGAUCCUGCAUCUCUACAGAUGGCAAGAAGAAGGAGAAAAAAAAGAAGAAGGUGAAAUUUGCAGAAGAUGUGGUGGAGCCAAGUGGGAAUAGUGAAGAAUAUAGAAAGCUUCGUCAUUUUAAUAAUAAUAAUAAUAAUAAUAAUUUUCGUCCUGAAAAUAAUGACGAAGUCUUUUCUUCUUUUUCAAAUUCGGAUUCAAAUGAUUUAAAGAAGCUUGGGAAAGUGCAAGAAAUGCCGGCCAACAGGGCGACCCUCUACAAUGCUAUGCUCAAGGGUCGGGUCAUCAACCGGGUCACUUAUUCCUAUUAAUGAUCCAUUUGGAUUUUUCGAUUCUUACUAAAAUCUCCUUUUUAUCUAACCCUCUAAUUUAUGUACAAAAUUUGUAGUUAUACUUUUUCUUAAUUAUACAAUAUUCAAAAAAUUGUGUCCUAUAUAAAAAAUUCUCUAUUUCAAGGUGAAAAUUUGCUAUCUUUGAUUAAAGGUGUUGAAAUGAUCUUAUGCUCGAGUUAUGAUAAAAGGUAAAUAGAAUAUUUUUUUUCAAGGAUUUAAGAAAAAAGAGGAGGUUGUGGUCUAUGUGCUCAUGUGGGAGAGUAGUUUUAAUUAGGAUUUUCUUUUUCUUUUUUUCCUUUUUUAAGGAUUUUUUUUUUUUUUUUGUGUGUGUAUUUUGGGGAAAAUUAGUAAAAGGGAGACAUAUUUUACAUGUAUUUAAUUUGUAUACAAGGUGAUUUUUGAAUACAUGGAGGAUGUAAUUAUGACCAAGACUGAGUCAAAUCAAGUGGGUUGACCCAUUUUAAUUGUAUAUUGAAGUUGCUUCAAAUGGAAAAGGAUUUAUUAAAU